UUUAACUGCUUUAUAAACGGCGACAAGGCAUCAGUGACGCAAGGUGACAGAGCUAGUAUUCUAAAACAUCGUGGUAUAGAUAUAAGCUUGAUGUAAAAUAUAACGUAGUUGAUAUCAUGUAUAUAAGAUAAUAAUUAUAUUGUUAUAAUCACGUAUUAGAGCCGUUCAUUAAUGCCUGUUAUUAGUGCAGAUAUAACCAUAUAUGAGAUCGAGGUUGAUUGGUGAACCAAACACCAAGAGGUCGAGAAAAGCGUUGCUUUAAGGUCGAUAUCACAUAUCGCAUAUGACGCUGGAAAUGGCGGACAGAGGUCAUCACGCCGAGGACGGUCGCCGAAAACGCCAGACUUCCGGUCCGUCAUGCCAGCAUGUAUUGUGCUAUCAGCUGUUUGCCGUGUUCAUGUUCAUCAUUGGACUCGUCGGUGGAAUAUUUAUCGGAAUGUACGUCGACCCGAAGAUCGACAACAAAGAAAACAAAAACUGUCCUAGCAGUACAAACCAGGUGAUAAACAACGGAAACACGGAACAUGUACCAACGGUGUGGAAUAAAUCAAGCAUCGGAGCAAAGUCGGGCGAGUGUCCCUUUACCAGCCCUGUUACACAAACGCGAUAUGAAGACACGGUGUUCGCACCGCUGACUAAUGCUGAAAUGUACCAGGCAGCUCGCUUUCUGAAGAAUUCCGGAAUCAUUUCAACGCUAGAAGAACCGACCGACUUGACUCAAAACUUUAUUCUUUACCAAUGGCUAGAUGUUCCGGCGAAAAACGACGCCUUGAAUUAUCUCGACGGAAACGGUGAGAAACCAAAGCGUUACGCAAGAGUCACAGUCCAACGAGGUGCGGACCUUGACGUCAUGGAAUAUAAAGUGGGCCCGCUUGGCUCAACGUCAACGCCAAUGACGUCACAGGCUAUGACACGAAGCGGUGAAAUUCAUUUCAACAGCCGCCCCUAUGAAGCUGUAGAGGUGGACAUCAUGACCGAAAUGCUUAAACCGGAUUUGGCGAAACUAGCUGAUUUAAUGGCCGAAAGUUUUGACGGGAUUAAAUACCCUGAUGAUGUCAGUUUGAAUUUCUACAAUGGACCGCCGAGCAUGUCGGGCACUACACGGGAUACAAGGUGGAGCAUAAUGCUGAACGGUUUCGGUUACGACCAAGGGGACGUCGACCUUAUCCACAUCCUCCCUCUCAGCGGACGGGUCCACCAUCCCGGAACCAACACGUCCGAAUGGUACGCAUACGACUUUCAUUACCUGAAUCAGGGCCCAUACAAAACGGCCCGGGACCUCAUGGACGCUUAUAAGGCCGGCGCAAUCCGGAAAGUAAGGCUGGACAAGGGAUUUAGGGCCAGCAUAGUGGACCGUAUUUUCCCCAAGCGGGACACCAGCAAACCUCUACGCGAACAAGCUAACAAGCAGGGACCCAGGACGUAUUAUCCGACAGGACCAAGGUAUAAAAUUGACGGAACAAAUGUGAAAUGGAUGGACUGGAGUUUUGAAAUCAGCGGAGGGCAGAUUAGGGGACCAGCGUUGUUUGAUGUGAAAUUUAAAGGCGAAAGGAUUUUAUACGAGCUGGCGGUGAACGAUAUCGCUCUGAACUACGCCACCGAUUCGCACUCACAGAAUAACAUAAUUUAUGCCGAUGCAACUUACGGCAUAAUGGGAGGUGAUACCCCAGGGACCGUCAUCAAGGAUAUUGACUGCCCUGUACACGGAAGCGUUCUCCAAACGUCAUUUUGGUGGCCUACAACGCAACGCGCAUACAACAUGUCUUCGAUCUGCGUGUACGAGGCCGAUGGCCAAUCUGCGCUGUGGCGUCACGCCGGCAUGGGGUUUGAGGCUGGGUUGCGCAAUCGAUACCUCGUCGUGUCCGUACCAGUGGUGAUCGGUAACUACGACUACACGUUUGAGUUCCACUUCUUCUUGGACGGUAAAAUCUUCAACUACGCACGAGCCAGUGGCUAUAUCCAGGCGAGCUUUUGGGACAGAGAUGACCCUAAGUGGCCCGACAAAACCCGAGAUUCAUUCGGCUACAGAGUGAGCGACUACAUGUCCGGACCCAUUCAUGACCACAUGUUCGGAUUCAAGGUCGAUUUCGACUUAAUCGACAAGAACAACUCGUUCCAGCUCGUUAACUGGAAAGCGGGACCGAUUCUCGAAGCGAUUCGUACCCAGAACGCUUCGAUACCAGACGCACCGGAGUACUUUAUUUACAACGAGACCCGCUACAUCGAUUGGGAGCCGGUACAGACAGAGAGGGCCAUUACGAAGCAGGCACAUCAGCAGUUCAUGGUUGUGGUGAACACGCGGGAGAAAAACAAGUGGGGCGUCGAGCGAGGCUACGUUAUUGAGCCAUUGGCAACAGGUUCGCAGUCUUUAAACCAACAUCCCAUCCUGAAUGCGCUUUCGUUUACGAAGCAUCACUGCGCGGUUACCAAGCGGAAGGAAGACGAGAAGACGCUGACGUCAAUGUAUGACGUCAACAGGAUGAACAACCCGCAGGGUUACCUCGAGAAAUUUAUAGACAACGAAAGCAUCGUGGACGAUGACAUUGUAAACUGGGUAACCGUCGGCUUCUUGCACAUCCCGACCUCGGAGGACAUGCCGAUGACGGUACGGGUAGAGACGGGUUUUUUGCUGAGGCCGUUUAACUUCUUUGACCGGACCGCAUCGUUUGAUAUGCCGCAACACACGGACACUAUUGACGGCGUACUUAAGGAGUCCGAGCCAAAUUUUGAACAGUGUGCCGAACCCCCACCAAAAUAUUGUCGCUUUUGUUAAAAGCAUGUAUCCGCUUUUUGAUUGAUAUAUUUCAAAUAAUCAAACAAAUUAAAUAACGCAAAUAAAAAUCCUAUUACGAA